AUGAAACCGACGAAAGGGGUCGAUAGUGUUCACGCCGCCAUGUACGACGACACCUGCGAAGAGAGUUUAUCCUCGAAGCCGGCAAGCAAACAGGAUUCUGCUGCCUCAGUGGAUAAGGUUAACUCCGGAUCGGGAUCUCGCUCAGUAACCCCCAAGCAGUGGUGUGAACGAUAUAAGCCUGACCAAUUGAUCAAGGUCAUUGGACUGUGGGGUGACGAUCUGCAGAAGGCCAUUCCUGAAAUGGAGAGCAACUUCCCUUUGAAGGGAAAAGGACGUCGUAAUCCGUUCUUCCGAAUAGUUGCUCUCAAGGCUGGCACUGAUAGGGAUGCCGUUAUCUCUCGACUGACGAAGAACAGCAUCCGUUCUGACCGGUUUGCCCCUUUCUCAUGA